GUGUCCCAUAAAGGCAUAAAGCUUUUAUUUCUCUGCUUCAGAAUCCAUUGGAAUCAUGUUAAAUGGGUAAGCCGUUGAAGACUUACUGUAGUCAAUAACAAAAAUUAUGCUAUAUCUCUGGUGUUAAAGGGGUUAACAACUUUGUUGUUUGUUUAAUAUUACAGUACUGUAUAAAACAGUAUUACUGUCCUGUAUUUCAUGUCUGCUAUCCCUGUAUGUCUCUUUAUUUACCCAUGUGUUCAAUUGGAGAACCGUAUGCAGUAUAUAAAACAUAUCACACAUCUAUAAAGUGAAGGGUUCUGUUCCACCGCAGGGAAAAUGGAGUCGCUGGCCUGGUUGGGGCUGGUCCUGCUGUGUGUUUUACAGUCUGCAGAGGCCUGUCCCUCUGUCUGCAAAUGCUCCAAAAAGUCCAAUCCAGAAAAGUCAGAGGUCAACUGUCAUAAGAGGGGACUCCGUACCCUCCCAUCCAAUCUACCCGCUGAUGCAUGGAUCCUCAAACUGGGUGAGAAUGGCAUCACAGACCUGAAGGCAAAUCUUUUAAGAUCAGUUCCAUCUAUCGAGAGCUUGAUCCUGGAAAAAAACGCCAUCAAAUCUGUUCAUCCUAAGACUUUUUCUGGCGCUAAGCAUCUGACGCUGCUCAAUCUUUUUGGAAACCAAAUCACCAAACUUCCACCUAAAGCUUUUAAGGACCUUCUUAACCUUCGCUUCUUGAUGCUGGGGCAGAAUGAGAUUGGACUCAUCAAAGCGGAGAUGUUUGUCGGGAUGAGGAACCUGUCAGAGCUAGAUCUCCCUCACAAUGCCUUGACAGUGGUGCCGUCUAAUGCCUUCAAGCCUUUGAUCGCCCUGAAAGUUUUGGACCUUUCCCUGAAUCGGAUUCAAAGGCUUUCUCCCAAGGCUUUCACUGGACUCACACAGCUCCUGUUUCUCAACCUCGACAACAACAGCUUGAAAACUAUCCCUGCUGGAGUUUUCCGGCCACUGGGAUCCCUGGAAAUGCUCGUCCUUGACAACAACCUGCUGUCAUCUCUCAGCAAGUCUGCUUUUGAUGGUCUGAACAACUUGCAGGAACUCUACUUGAGGAACAACGAGCUUGAACUCCUACCAACUGACGUCUUCAUAACUUUGCCUAAGCUCCAUGAUCUGGGCCUCAGUGGAAACCGUCUGAAGACUGUGGAUGGAAACACAUUUAGCCUUGUGCCCGAGUUGAAGAAGUUGCAUCUCCAUGACAACGCCUUGCACUGUGACUGUAACAUCGCCUCUCUGGUGAAAUGGAUGCACGAGACCAACACCACUUUGUCUCCUCGGGACUCCCUGAAGUGUGUCGGCCCUCCAAACUUGCGGAACAAGAGUCUGAUUAGCCUUCAGGCGGAGACACUACUUUGUAACAAGUGACCAGCAGGAUAAUUACGAAGACUACAGAUGACCCAGACCAUUCUAAAUGUUUGUCAAAAUAAGACACUCUUCAAAGUAUACAUGUUUUAGAGCAAACCUAUCCUUUAUGCACAAUUCCAAUUAUAUUGCUGAAUGAGGCUUUCUUGGAGUAAUAUGAAUUGAAACUAACUGACAUUGUAUCAAUGUCACAUUGAUUGCUCUGAAGGUUGUAGGCAGGGAUAGAUUCCAAGUGAAGAUGUAUAAACCUGUAUAUGAAACCUGGUUCCACUAAUAAGUGAAGAGGAGCAGCCACAAAGAUGAAAUAGUUUCCAAUAGAAACCAUUUUGACUGGUCAGAGGUGUCCAAACCAAAGCUCCGCAGAGAGAAGUCUUCCGCUUCACAUCUCUUUUACAUAAAAACACUUCAGGAUCUGGUGGGAAAACAUAAAGGAUGCAUUUGAUUGGCUUGUAGUUUUUUCAUCAUUGUGAAAUUUAAAAAGCAUUUACUGAUGCAUUUUUUUUCUUAUUUCAUUGUUGUGAAUUGCAUUGCUGUUAAUUACAGUGAAGAGAUCAUGAAAAAAAUUAAAGCAUGCCAUUGAAAUGAAAGGAAGAAGGUUUGCUGUAGCACAAUUCAUACACCAAGUAAGGAGGAAUUUAAAGGAAAAAUUCUACAUUUAAAAAGUCAAAUCAUAUUUUUUUUUAUCUAAGUUUUACACCAAGCAUCAAAGAGGACAGAGCAGACAAAAUUAUUUUAGUUGUCAUAAGCAGAGCGAAAAUAAACUAUUUUUAGCUUGGACCUCUGCUAAUUAUUAGAGAAAUUGUACCAAAUUUUAGAUUUCAAAAAAGAAGAGUUAAUUUUUUUGGGUAGUUCUGCAGGAUUUUAAAUCACUUUUCUGCAAGGUUUGUCACUCCUCCCCAUGGGUGCACCUGUGUCUUUGAUUCCCGUUCCCAACCGUCAGACACUCAGCUUCUGCAGGGUGGAAGGAGGGAAAAGAAGCAGAGACUGUGAUAUCAGUUGGUUGAAGGAAAAUGGGAGACUUUCUGAAAGAAUGGGAGGAAGAUUAGUGGAGGAAGGGGUUGGCGUGGUGGAGCAAGCCUCCUGUAAUUGACAGGAAAGCUCCCGGCAACCUACUUUUACAAUGCCUUUGUGAAAUGGAAGCGCGAGUGUCUCCUACACCAACGCAGGAGAUAAUUUCCAUCUGCAUCAAACCUGUUAUUAACAGAGUUUGGAUGUAAUGGCUAGUUUCUGCUCCGAGCUGCAGGAUUGCUUUUGUUUUUCUUCUUUGUCUCUUGCAUAUAAUACAUCAAAGACAAAUAGAUUUGCCGUAGAACUCUCUCCUUCCUAAUGGUUCUCUUGUGGCGUGUUUCUUUUAAUUGGCUUGGUGACACCUCCAACUUUGAUCCACUGCUGCAGGUGAAGGUUACAUUUUUUUUCUCCUAUGCCUCUGGAGCAAAAACAAAAAACAGAGCAAAACAAGUGAAUAAAAAAAUAAAUCUUCAGUAAUAUUUUCUAUUCAGUGUUUUCUUAAUAACUAGGACAACCAUCAACAUGUUUGGUAGACUGAAUGAUCGUGUUCUUGAAUCCUCCACCCGAAAAUAAUUGCUGACAAAGCACUUUUUUGGCA